CACACACAAACAGAAAAGUGGAUGCACCGGUGCCCUGGUCAGGCCUUUCCUUGGACACAUUGACUGACAUCUCUCAAGUCUUACUAAGCCAACAUGGCAGCCGGCAUCAUCAGGAACUUCCUUGUCCAGGCCCCGACUCCAGCCUACUUCCCCCUGAUUUUCCAGCAGUCCCCGUGCAGAGAAGAUGAGGAAGAAGAAGAUGAGAUGCUGGAGGAAAAGCCAGAACAGAGGGAAGACGAGGAAGAAAGAGAGGAGGACGAGGAAGACGAGGAAUCUGAAGUCCAGGAGGAGGACGAAGAAUGUUUAGAGGAGGGUUUUCUAAACCCGGCUCGCUACACUUUGGAUGUGACUAAGCAGCUGCUGACGUUUGCAGACCUGAUCAGUCGUGACGUUCAGCGGUAUUUUGGCCGCUGCUCUGGCGACAGAGAGGCUUGCGACAUCUACAGCGACUCUGUGUCGGUCACAACCAGCGGGCGUCUGCGUUACUACGAUGACCUGCUGAGAAUAGCCAGAGCCGGAAGUCCAGAGGAGCAGGACAGCAGCUUUGUGACUUGCAGCGAUUACAAUGGAGUUGGGGUUGCCGUGGGCAACAGCAGUCUGGGGCCCCUAGCUGAACUCUUCGACCACAUGGGCCCGAGUCACAGUCGGGGCCAACCUAUGGUGAAACGGCAUCUCCCGCUCAGUUUCUGGACGGAGCCGAUGCCCUGCUGCCCUCUGGUCGGCUUCAGUGACUCACCUGACGUCGCGCACACACACGGUGACACGUCCACAGAGGACAGCACGCGCACGGACACCAACACACACAUGCCCUUUAAUGCACUCGCACACCACAAUGCACACACCCUCGACAACAAUCAGCCAGACUUCAGUGAUUUGUUGGCGAACUGGGACCCAAACCCAGAGCUCACGCACACACUGACGGAGAACACACACAUGCAGCAUUAAAGACCUCAUUCAUGUCCUUUAUGCCUCUGAUGCAAACAUGGAAACAGAUCAACGAAGGGGAGGAAAGACAGGGAGCAGCUCAGCGGCCGUGCACAGUGUUUGUUUUAAGAAUCUGUUUCUCUGAACUCUGAGAAAAGACAUUUAAAUCAUUAAAAA